AUGACUCUUGAUUCGAACCCCCAGGCCCGCAUCUCACAUCUGCCGCGAGUUGAUGGCUCAGCAACAUUUUCAAGGGGAGGUUAUUGCGUGGUUGCGGCCGUCAAUGGGCCGAUUGAGGUCCAGCGACGAGACGAAAACCCCUUCGAAUCAGUCGUUGAUGUUGUCGUACGACCUGCUGCAGGGGUCGGAGGCACGGGAGAACGCCAACUUGAGAACAUUUUACGAUCAGCUUUUCGCCAGCUGAUUCCCGUCAAAAACUUUCCUCGCUGCCUCAUUCAGGUCACGCUUCAGGUGACCGAGACGCCGCAGAACGACUAUGCGAACAGCAAAGUAGUCCAGGCUCAGUCUAGUCUGCCUCUGUUACCGGCUCUCUUUCAUAGCGCCAUCUUGGGCUUACUGUCGGCUGCCGUGCCUUUGAAGGCUAUUGCCACAUGCACUACUUUAGCCGUUCUCGAGAAGGGUGGCAAGAUCAUCGCCGAUCCGUCUCCUCUAGCGAUAGAACAGUCGAAAUCGCUUCACGUGGUCAUCUUUACAUCGCAGAACGACCUUUUAUUGUUAGAGAGUGAGGGAACUUUCUCUAUGGCCGAGUGGGAUGAGGUGGUCAGGACAGGUCAAACAGUGUGCAACCAGCACCGCCAAGCGGACCUGGGCGCGGUCAUGAACGAAUACAGUCGAGACACUACCGACAUGCAGCUGUUUAUUCGGACCGUCAUGGAAUCUAAAGCUGCGUAA